AUGGCGAUGGCACGACUCCAAGCGAUCCUCGCCUGCUUCCCCUGCGGCACCGAGGAGCCGGAGCACACCACUUACCCGGACGAGAAAGUCGCUCUGCUCGCCAACUACGACGAUAACCCACGUACUGCCGAUGAGGUCGCGGAUGAGGUCAUAGAUGAGAUCGCAGACUCCGUCGUCGAAAAACUCCUCACCACCCGCCUCACCGGCGCCCACCUGCGCAUGCACCUAGACGCCCUCGUCGGCCCCUCCGGCUGGCGCACCACGCUCGCCCAACACAUCCUCUCGCGCCUCACCACCGCUCUCCGCGCGUCGCACGAAGAACUCGGUCCCACCAUCUCCACCGCCUGCGACACCGCGUGGGAAGCCGCCCAAAGCAUCGAGGGCUUCGUCAUCGAGCACCCGGUCAUGUGCACCGUCAUUGCCCUGGGCGUCCUCGCUAUCGUCGCGCCGUGGGUGUUGGAAGCGCUUGGUUUUGCUGAACUGGGGCCGGUUGAAGGUACCUUCGCCUCAUGGUGGCAGUCCACCUACGCCGGCCUCGUACCAAAGUCCUCGCUAUUUUCCUUCUUCCAGCGGUUAGGUAUGACCAAGUGGCACUGGGUGCUCGUCUAA